GCGGCUUCUAUAGUCUGGGAUCUCCGCCCCAGUCACACUUGGCUACAGCUCGGAGCCCGGAUGCGCCGCCAUGCCGUCUCUUUCUGCGAAUGGAAUCAUUUAUUCACCAGCCUGUCUGUUACUGACCGACUAGAGUUAACUGAGGAGCUCCACAAGACCGUCUGAAGAGACGGUGGAGCCAGUGUUGUGUUCAGACCAGCGCCGUGCGUGUCCGUGGAGCUUCCCACUCUGGUGUUGAUACUGAGACAGUUGUGUGCUAGCUAUGCUAACGUUAGCCUGAGCGGAGGGAGCGCGGCGGCGGCGGCGGCGGGGUAGUGACAGUCCGGCCGGAGGCGGGGAGAGCUCAACAGCGAGACCCAGUAAAACAUCAGUGUCUUUCUAGCUGGGAAAACUAAAAGAAAAUGUCUAUUGAAGAGCAAAGUGCAAAAGCUGGGAGUCCAAAGGCCAGCUCGGCAUCUCCUCUUCAGCUUUCAGACUGUACUGGAGGCUACAGCAGUGUUUCCGUGAUGAUGGAGGAAGCUGCGGCCACGCCUGACUUUGCAGCCGCUUGUCCCGUCCCUGACACCGCAGACUCACCAAAACACACGAGCACGGACAGCGCGGGACAGAGAGCGAAAGGAAGCGAGAACAGCAUCAACCGCAGGAACAGCUUCCAUCACUCUAAGCAGCAGCAGCCGCCGCCGCAGUCGAGGCUAACGAAGCGGCGCUACACAGCGAGUUCGAGCUUCAAAUAUCCCACGUCAGGGAAGAGGAGGCGAAGGGCCAACUCUGAGAGCGACUCCGUCCUGCCAACCAACUUCCUCCUGGGAGGUAACAUUUUCGACCCGCUGAACCUCAACAGCCUGCUGGACGAAGAGGUCAACAGGGCACUCAACGCGGAGACGCCGAAAUCCUCCCCACUGCCGUCGAAGAGCCGAGACCCAGUCGAGAUCCUCAUCCCCAGAGACAUCACGGAUCCGCUCAACUUGAACAGCGGGAUAACAGACAGCAGCUUUUUGGUGUCUCCCUAUAAAAGCGGCGGACGGAAAAGACACCGCAACCGACACCACGGAGGAGGAGCCGGAGGGGCGAGCGGGAUCUCCACCACGCAGAUGAAUCUGUUGGAAACUGAAAAAAGUGACAUGAAAGCCAACACCUCCACAGAGGCUGCAGGCAUGCCAGGUUCGUCCUUCCCACAAGAUACCUCCAAAGAGUUGAACAGUUUGUCGACCGUCGCAGGGGAUUCCCACGAUCACAGCGCUAAUAGCUCAUCCAGCUGCAAGGAUGACGUGACAUCUGCCCCAGCGGAGGAGGCAACACCCAUCUCGUCUGCAGGAACAAACCACCACGCAAGCAGACGCAAGCGAAGGCGCAACUCUGGCAAAAUGGAGCCCCCCGUCACCCACUCGACCCCCGUUUGCAAGGCAACAUCUGGAGACAGAAGUUGCGGCACAACGGGGCAAAAAAAUUCCUUCCACACACCAAGAGGGGAUGGCCCAGGACUUCGUCAGCACCAGCAGCUCCACAAUCAGGUAAAGGAACAUCAGAAGAAGUUCCAGUACGGGAACUACAACAAAUAUUACGGAUAUCGCAACCCGAACUGUAGUGAAGACCCUCGCAUACAUGUGCUCCGUCAAGAGUGGUUCAGAGGUAAAGACGUGCUGGACUUGGGGUGCAACUCCGGCCACCUGACCCUCUAUGUUGCCAAAAUGUUCAGACCGGCGCGCAUACUGGGUCUGGACAUCGACAGCGGUCUCAUACAUGCAGCUCGUAAGAAUAUUAGACAUUAUCUGUCUGAGCUUCAGACCCAAGAAGCCAGGCGUGCGGUGCAGGAGAAGAAGCCCGCCAAACAGGAAGACUGUGAGGCAGGGACGGGGAAGAAACACGAUGAAUCCGAGAGCGGGGCUCAAAACGGGGAAGAAGACAAAGGACAGCGCGGCCCUGCGAGUGCUGGAGCUGACAGAGACUCCUUUCACACAGACGAGGCCGCAACCCAGAGGCAGGACGGUAAAACGGAGGAAAUGGAGCAAAAACAUUGCGAUGCGCCCUCUGCUGACUGCUCUGCGAGUUGCUCUUUCCCCGUGUCUCUGCGGAUCUCCAGGGGACCCAUCGCUGCGCCGCCAAUAACGGAAACAUGUACCUCUCAGCCCGGACAGUUCCCUGCUAAUGUGUCCUUCAUCAAGGCUAACUAUGUUCUGGAGAACGAUAAUCUCCUCAUGACUCAGAGGGCAGAGUAUGACGUGAUCUUGUGCCUCAGCGUUACCAAAUGGGUUCACCUAAACUGGGGCGACAGCGGUCUGAAGCGGCUCUUCAAGAGAGCCUACAGACACCUCCGCCCUGGAGGCUUGUUCAUCCUGGAGCCGCAGCCCUGGGAGUCCUACGUCAGGAGGAAGAAGCUGACAGAAAACAUUAACAGGAAUUAUCGCAGCAUCAGACUCAAACCUGAUCAGUUUUCAUCUUACCUCACAAAUGAAGUGGGCUUCACAAGUUUUGAGCACCUGGGGUCUCCUAAGUGUUCAGUAAGAGGUUUUCAGAGACCAGUCUAUGUUUUUCACAAAUGACCACCUCUGCCUUGAACAACAGCGAAUGUGAGUAGCUGAAAGCCACCACCUUUCAUUCAGGCCAGCCAGCUUCACUGGACUGUGACGCAUCAUCCUUGGCAGAUCGGGUUUGCGCUCGGUGCUGAAGAUCAAAGUCUAAAGCAAACGAGCCACAGGGACCAAAAAGUGGAAUUGAUUGCUCUGUCAACGGGACGCCUCUUAUCAAAAAGACGAGUGGCUGUCAGUUUGGAGACCGCAAAGAAAUGCUGAUGCGAUCACUCCCUUUGAGCGGUAAUGAUCCCCCAGACUGAAGCGUGGCCAUAAACUGUGUUUGCUCAGAUGUCAUCACGUUCAUAAUGUUCUCUCUUGCCACAUCAACUAGACUUAAAUAGACCAAGUUUUUCUCAACUAGUUAUUAUCACUGUUUUAACAAGCUUUAGAUGUUUUAGUCCUCACAUGUGGGUUGUGUCUGCAGAGCUGAGGUGUACCACGAAAACGUGGGGAUACUGAACUGACUUCAUGCUCAGAAGAAGCCUGUUGAAAUGCAGGGACUUUCCUUGCAUUUCAGCAGGAAAUGGCGUUGUUGUUUCAACACCAUGAAAGAGAUGGCGUUGAAACAACAACCUAUCGGUUAUGUUUUUCCCCCCGAAAAACAAAUAUAUGCACACGAGUUGCUGUUUUCAAAAGCUCAUCUAUUUUCUCUAUUGUCACACACUAUUGUCCAAGUUGUUUUUGAUUUUUUUUUUUUUUUUUGGAGAAUGUGGCAAACUUAAAAGUCCUGUAUAGAUCAAAUAUGACAAGUGAGAAAGUAAAUUUGUUUUCUUUAAUUUUUAAAUUUCUGCUCCAAUAGAGGCUAAUUCAGGAAGAGUAGCGAUGCACAUCCUUAACAGAGUCAGUUGAUUUUACCACCUAUCAUCAUCCCUACAUAGGUGAAUAGGACUCAUAAAUAGAGACGCACCGAUCAGAAUUUUGUGGCCAAUUUUCAACUUUUACACAUGUUUAAUCUGAACCAGUUUUAGUCUAUUUUGAUUUCUCUUGAGAACCCAGUAGAUAUAAGAACAGCUUUGAAAAUCGUUGUCCUGCUAGCAGUCGUUUGACAAAAUGAUCCGAGUUCACAUCUUUAACCCUUCACCAUCUUUUAUCAGCGAUUAGCACAGACAGCUUUACUUAUCCAGGAGUUUCCAUAUGUAUAAUCUGAAGAACGUGCAUCCUUACCUCUAAUUUUAAGUUUACGAAAAGAGACCAACACUUCCAAGGAAUUGCAAUCUCUAAAGGAUGGAAUGGCAACUUUGCUGUAAUACUUUCGGCCUUCCUGUUAUCUGCUAAAUGUCUCACCGUCUCCCCCUCUGUUCCUACCUGAAUGGCCUUUUUCUCGGUGCAUUUCAAUAACAUACAAUCAACAAUCGUAAUAUUCUGACAUGUAAAGAGAGCUGGAGAAGGUUCUUAAAGCUGACACAAAAUGGGCCUAAACAGCACAGUUAGGGUUUUGCCUCGGCGCUAAUAUGCUGGGUAAACAAAUCAGCUGUGUGAUUAUGAAGCAUCAUCCUCUGUUUUCAUUCUCAGCUUUAUUGAUCACCUCCUUUAUCAUCAUCACUCUCCUGUAAUGUCCAUCCAGCAUUAUCUUGCUCUAUGAGACUGAGCAGCUAUUUUUAUUGGUAGAACAUAAAACCUAUUUUUGCAGGAUAUGUCCCAUCGAUUUUUUUUUUUUUUUUAAAUCCAGUUUUCAAUAUGAUGUUUGAUUUGAUGUGCUGCCAAAACAAUGUCUGAUAGAUUCAGGAAUUAUGUCAACAAUGUUUCGGUCUAUGAGCAACACAAAGUCUAAACAUUUCUAGAGCUGUUGUAAUUGUUCACUGAGCGCCACUGAUCUGUGCAUCCAGGACAGAAAACCUUCAGCUUUUCAGCAGCUGCUCGUUGAUCUCUUUUGGAAUAUGUUAGCCAGUGAAUGUUUCUGAUUCAGCAAGAGAUCACUGUAAAUAAUCCCCCCCCUUUUUUUUUUUUUUUCCUGUUAAUAUUUAGUUCCCAAUUAACGCGUUUUAAGUUUUCGGAUUUUCCUGUUUUCAGAUGUUUGCUGCCAAUUCAUGUGUGGAGUUGCAGGUCUUUUUGUCUUUAAAGAUUUGAUGAUCCAGCAUUGUAUGUACAAAUUAAUCUGGAUAUUCUUACCAUUGUUUUGCUUUGUUCUGCCCUGCAGGGCACGUGUAUUGUUCAGUUUAGUGCUUUUUCUUUGUUUUAUUAAUGUCUUUUUUGAUUUGUUUGUUUUUGAUAAAAUGUUUGAAAGGAG